ACUCAUCGGAGGCGGGCCUGAGAGCGGCGACGAGGGAGGCGUGCAGGAGCCUCGGCGGCGGCGGCCUUACUGACCGACUCGGAUUCCGACGACUAAAACCGAAUAAUUUUCGACUUGUUUAUCAAGAUGGAAAGCUCAGAUUCUAAUGAAAAAGGAAGUGGUGAUCAGUCUGCAGCACAGCGCAGAAGUCAGAUGGACCGAUUGGAUCGGGAAGAAGCUUUCUAUCAAUUUGUUAAUAAUCUGAGUGAAGAAGAUUAUAGGCUUAUGAGGGAUAACAAUUUGCUAGGCACACCAGGUGAAAGUACUGAGGAAGAGUUGCUGAGAAGAUUACAACAAAUUAAGGAGGGCCCACCGCCACAAAACUCAGAUGAAAAUAGAGGUGGAGAAUCUUCAGAUGAUGUAUCUAAUGGUGACUCUAUAAUAGACUGGCUUAACUCUGUCAGGCAAACUGGAAAUACGACAAGAAGUGGGCAAAGAGGAAACCAAUCUUGGAGAGCAGUGAGCCGGACUAAUCCAAACAGUGGUGAUUUCAGAUUCAGUUUAGAGAUCAAUGUUAACCGUAAUAAUGGGAGUCAAAAUCCAGAGAAUGAAAAUGAGCCAUCUGCAAGACGUUCUAGUGGAGAAAACAUGGAUAACAACAGCCAAAGGCAAGUGGAAAAUCCACGAUCUGAAUCAACAUCUGCAGGGCCAUCCAGAUCAGAACGAAAUUCAAUUGAAGCAUUAACAGGAGAAGUCCCACCUACUAGAGGUCAGAGAAGAGCAAGAAGCAGGAGCCCAGACCACCGGAGAACCCGAGCAAGAGCUGAAAGAAGUAGGUCACCUCUGCAUCCAAUGAGUGAAGUUCCACGGAGAUCUCAUCAUAGCAUCUCAUCUCAGACUUUUGAGCAUCCUUUGGUAAAUGAGACUGAGGGAAGCUCUAGAACCCGGCACCAUGUGACACUGAGACAGCAAAUAAGUGGACCUGACUUGCUAAGUAGAGGUCUUUUUGCAGCUUCCGGAAUAAGAAAUGCCUCACAAGGAGCAGGUUCUUCAGAUACAACUGGUAAUGGUGAAUCUACAGGAUCAGGACAGAGACCUCCAACCAUAGUCCUUGAUCUUCAAGUAAGAAGAGUCCGUCCUGGAGAAUAUCGGCAGAGGGAUAGCAUAGCUAGCAGAACUCGGUCAAGGUCUCAGACACCAAACAACACUGUCACUUACGAAAGUGAACGAGGAGGUUUUAGGCGUACAUUUUCACGUUCUGAGCGGGCAGGUGUGAGAACCUAUGUUAGUACCAUCAGAAUUCCAAUUCGUAGAAUCUUAAAUACUGGUUUAAGUGAGACUACAUCUGUUGCGAUUCAGACUAUGUUAAGACAAAUAAUGACAGGUUUUGGUGAAUUAAGCUACUUUAUGUACAGUGAUAGUGAUUCAGAGCCUAGUGGCUCAGUCUCAAGUCAAAAUAUGGAAAGGGCGGAGUCACGGAAUGGGAGAGGGGGUUCUGGUGGUGGUAGCAGUUCUGGUUCCAGUUCAAGUUCUAGUUCCAGUCCUAGUUCCAGUUCCAGUGGUGAAAGUUCAGAGACUAGCUCAGAGGCGUUUGAAGGUAGUAAUGAAGGAAGCUCAUCAUCAGGCUCAUCAGGUGCUAGGCGAGAGGUUCGACACAGAGCCCCAGUAACAGUUGAUGAAAGUGGCUCUUUGCCUUUCCUUAGUCUGGCUCAGUUUUUCCUCUUAAAUGAGGAUGAUGAUGACCAACCUAGAGGACUCACCAAAGAACAGAUUGACAACUUGGCAAUGAGAAGUUUUGGUGAAAAUGAUGCAUUAAAAACCUGUAGUGUUUGCAUUACCGAAUAUACAGAAGGCAACAAACUUCGCAAACUACCUUGUUCCCAUGAGUAUCAUGUCCACUGCAUCGAUCGCUGGUUAUCUGAAAAUUCUACUUGUCCUAUUUGUCGCAGGGCAGUCUUAGCUUCUGGUAACAGAGAAAGUGUUGUGUAAUUAAGGUCUGAGCUCUCAGCUAUGUACUUGGUAUAGUGAUGGGCAAACAGGAAUCACUUGCUUUAUGUCCACUUUUUGAGUGGUACUUAAAUGUAUAGCUGCCAUCUGAAUUGAGUCAUUGCUUUCUGAAUGAAUCAUUGUCCUUUCUCCAGUUUCUGUUCCAGAAUAAAAGGAAAUUUUUAAAAAGCAACGUUUUAGGACAUAAAAUCUAAUUUCAGUAUCAGUAAUUGAUAUUACUAAUGAUUUAUUAUAUACAUUUAUCAGUUUCUCCUUUGUUAUCUUAAAAGAUCUGCCUUAGCAAUGGCUCUUAUCUAUUUCAUGUUGAUCGUUAAAGUUUCCCAUGCCAUAGGAGAGAGGGGCUAAGGAAAUUAUCAGUUUAGACUAAGUUACAGUACACAUUUCAUAAGUGAUUGCUUAAAGUUAUACCAUUCCCAGUUAUUAGUUGGCACAAAUUCAGCUACAUGCUGAAUGUCAUUUGUUCACCUUUCAGGCAAGGUGAUAUUGGACAUGUCAGUGUAAAUAACACUAAGGUUAGAUCUUCUAAGUGUAUAACUGUCUCCUAAGCCCAUCACUGUGGCACACUGUAGAGUGAGCUUAUAGUUUGAGAUAUUUAUCUUGUGGAAAUAUUAAAAAAGCCUAUGCUUGUGUAAGUGAAAAAAGUAACAUUCAUUUGUUUAAAAAUGUAAAGCUAUUUUGUAGAGGCUCAGUACUUUUCCAAUGCACUGUUGUAAUAAUGCAUUAAAAAUUGUAAAGUACCAUGCAUAGAAAUGAAAAAACUGCUUUUCGUGAGCCAAUAUAGUAAAAAUACACACCAAACAAAGUACAAAAUUCCUUUUGUAAGUGUGUACAUGUCAAGAGCAGAACAUACCUAUAAUAUUUAAUGUAUGUGAACAGCUACUGUGACAUGCAAAGGAAAGGUCAGGGUGCAGAAUUGAACUGCAUUGAAGACCAAUGGAAAUUGUGUAUUUUAACUUGGAUUAGGUAGGAAGUGAAAGACUGGAGGAGAAAACUACUCUGAAAGAAUUAAAACUUUUCAUGAAGACAGUAAUCAUACUGGUAUUAUAUGGUGAGAUCUUUGACACAGUAUUCCAUUCGAGCAGACGAAGUAGAUGAACAAAUUAGAGCUUUGGUUUAAGAAAAAUAAGCCACUACCACCUAGUACAAUUUACAUUGUUGUUUUUACAAGUCUACUCCUCAAAAAAGAUGAAGAAGAGGAAGGAGACCAUAACCCACUUUAAGCAUAAAAAUUGGUACAGAUGUGUAUACUAAUAGGAAAGUCUUGAAUUUGCAUUUUUUUCGAGAUUUGUCAUUUAAGGUACCAGUGCACACUUGUUAAUAUUUCAUUACUGCCUCUCUAACACAGACCUAAUAUUUCAUAUUUAAAGACCAGUUGGGUAGUUAAGAGAUUUUUAUUCCUUGUUGAAAGUGAGUUGUGAGUUAUUUGCAAUUCAAAUUUCACUUGUGCUGCCCAUAUUUGAAGAUGAGACUGCUGACUUAUGAUUUAUGGGACAUGCACUUUAUGUUGUUUCCAUAGUAGUAGCAAUAGGUUUGUGAAGAACCUCAGUACUUUUGCCGAAUUUUUCUUUUGAGGCUGGUUGGGAUUAGGAUUAGUAGACUGUUUUUCUGGGAAAAGUUAAUGGUUUCAAAGAGGAAUUGAACACAUCCUUGGCCUUUAACAAAGUGAACUAACUACCCAGGCAUAAUCGGAUACUCAACAAAAUAAACAAGUCUGCUUUAGGAACUAUCUGGUUACCUUAACUGCUAUCAAUUUAACUGUAAAGAUUAUUUCAAAACUCAUGCUUUCAUGUUUUCCUCUCGUUUUCAGUCCUGCCUAAGUAUCAAGGAAAUUAACUUGUAAAUAUGGUAGUUGUUUGCUAAGGAUAUGUACUGCUCUUGCAAGGAAAUAAUGUUCAAACAAAGCUUCACUUAUUUUUUUUUAAUAUAAGCAGAAAUUACUGUUUAUGGCGCUUAUAAUAAUACAUUUUAUCUUUUAAAAAAAUUGUCCUUGUAAAAGUCAGGAUUCCUUUAUAUUUGUGAGCCUCCUUGUCUUUUUUCCUAAGGGUGUGUAAUCUGUUUUUCAGACCUGCAGGGUAGUCCCAAUUGACUAAAAACAAACCCAUUUUCCUCUUGGUAUAAAAUGUCCCAUAUACUAUAGGGGUGUUCAUUUUAUAUGCAGCUCAUUCUAAGCAUAAAAGUUACUGACAACAGGUAUCUCCUUAACCUCCCAAGAUAUAUUACUCAUUUGUGAAGUAAAAAGAAGUAACUCAUGCUCAAUUCUGGUUGUGAAGGUAGAUAUUGAACCUAUUCAUAAACACUGGAAAUAGAAUUUUAAGUUUUUAGCCCUCAGUAGAAUGCAUAUGUUGGGCAUGUGCGUGUGGACACCUUUUUCAAUAGCACUCAAUAAUUUCCAUUGGACUGUGUAGAAUGGAUACAAAAUUUUAGUGGAAUUUGCUACUUUUUUUUUCCCCCAAGACCCAUGUCUAAUAUGUACUUACUAGUGGACAUUGAAGACAAGGUCAUUUGUAGGUGUCAGGGAGUAAGUUUUCUUGCAAAAGACUAUACGUUUCAUUUUGUAUCUGCACUUUUUCUUUAUUAAAGGUUUUGUCCUGGAACUUCAUGUAGUAAUAGGAGCAAGAAAAAACAAUGUUGGGAGUUUACAUUGUUCAAAGCAUAGGGAAAAAUACUAAAAACUGAAUUUCCUUGAAUAUUUCAGAUAUUUUAAAAAUUUACUUAUUAGUCUGAAACAUUUGAGGUAUUAUGUUAACUCCAAGCAGCUGAAAGGGUUGUGAUUUAUUAGUACUAAAAACAAAAUUGAAAAAGGUUUAAAGUUUGCAGACUUUGUAGCAACACUAGAAGAUGAGCCAUGUUAUUAAUUUGGAGUAUUUGCUCUAAAAAGAACACAUUAGUCAUAACUCAGUGGUGUUAGUGGUUAAUGGAGGUGGGGAUUGAGAAAAGUGUUCACAUUACUGUUGGAAUGUAGGGAAUAAUUGUAUAGUUAACAAGAAAAACGUUUAGCACCAUUUUAUAUAUAUGAAAUCUCUAAAAACAUGAUCAUUGGAGUUUAUCCAAACUUUAAGAUUAGGAAACUGGUUAUCUUUAAGUGUUACCUCAAGUAAUUUUCCCCCCCUGGGAAAACAUUUCUUUUCCAUACCCAGUGUUCAAUGUUUCAAAUUAUAUUUAUGAAGGGUUAUCACUUAAUAUGCUUUGUAUUUAACUACCUACUUCCCAAAUGUCUACGACAGCCAUGACUUUUCAGUCAGUUCCCAAAAUGUUGAAGCCACCUCCCAUGUGAUAGGGAGGUAAAUGUUGCAAAGUGCCUCUUAAAAGGCCAUUUUUACAGCUUGCUAGAAUAAAGUGGCACCUUGUUGUUGAUACUUUUAAAGAUGGAGGUUAUUAUUUCCCCUCCCCUUCUCCUUUGUUCUUUUAUGAAGGAAAAGUAUUUGAUCUGCCUUAUUUGAAUUUUUAAGUUUUACCUUACUGGCUUCCCUGUCAAAUGUAUUACCAACAUUAAGUUCUUAGAAGCCAUGUUUGCAGGGCACUUUUAUUCCUGACUUAUAAGACUUUGCUGAUUGCUACUUUGUAAAGUAUUCUGUACCUUAGUAAUGCAAGAGAUUGAAAAGGCACAUGUUAAAGUAUCAGGCGUUUUCUUCCUUAGUAUAAUUCUUCAGGAUGUUUUAUAUUCAAUAACAGUGUUGUAAUUCAUUGAGUUAACUUAGUAAAUUGUAUGCUUUUGAAAACAACAUUUGAAAAUGUAAAUCAACAUAACAUGCUUUAUUUGUAAAAUUAAAGUUCAAGGUCUAAAGAACUAGUAUUUAACUUAUUUUUAAAUCAGAUUUUAAUAAGCAACUAAGAAACAGGUAUGAAAACAGCUGUAAAAAUUUUAAUAUUCUGAAACUGAGUUCUUAACUGGAACAUUUCUAAAAUAAUAUCUAAUAUUCCCAACAAGUGGUGAUCUCACUUGAUUUAAGUAAAUCCAUUUUAUAUCUAAAAUGCAGCAUAGAAUAGAGCUCUUACUGAAGUGUUGGAACUUAGGAGGGAUAACAAUUUAUCAGUUUUAUGAUUCUCAUUUCCGUAUAGGUGUUUUAAUUCAAAUUUGAAGGAAGUAGGCACACCCUCUAACACUCUCAAAAUUAUAGUGAGGUAUUUGGUUUUGAUUAGUAUUUCUUUGCUAAAGACCCACAAGCUGCUUUAUAGUCACUUGGAUUGAGUGAUAUCUUAAAGACAUGCAGUUAAAGUAAACCCCGUAAUACCACUGUGCCUAAUUAUUUCAGGGUUCCUCUAUCAGUUCCUCAUCUUGCAGAUUUAUUCCAAUACCAAGGUAUAACCAGCUGCCCAGCCUUAACUCCAUUUAGUGCCCCUCUGCUAACAUUCUUUUAACUGGUUGAUUUGUAUUUGUUUUAACUGUCCAAUGAUUGGGUUUUACCUCUUGAUAGGUCCAUUUGUCCUUGGUGCUGCUUUUAAAUAUGUAGGGCCAUGUGAUCAGGUAUCAAGUUCAAUGGGUACGCAGUUGGCCUGGAUAUGUAUCUGUGCUUGUUUUAUCUCCUCCCAGGAAGAGCUGCUUUGGUAUAGAUGUUUAUUUGGGUUCAUAUAAAAAACUGGGCAGCAAUCUUGGAAAACUUUCUGAAGUCUAAGAACCUGAAGGGAUUUGGAGCGGGAAUAGUAACAAAGGCUGCCUUCAUGUCUUUGAACAUGAAGCACAUAAAUGUAUGUUCUGUAAAGGCUAAAGUGAUUGUUACACGGCUUCCUGACCUCUGGGAGAGACUUGUGAAAAAUCAGAAAGGAGCACAAAGUGAAGUAAAUUUGUAGCUUGCUUUCUCUGGUUUCUCAUUUCCUUUAAAUUUAAACCUCAACAUAAUAUCCUUCUCCAAUAUCUAGCCAGCGGACUCCUGGUUGGGAAGCCCUGUAUUAAAAUUUGAGAAUGUACCCAGUUUCUUUUUCCUUUUUUUUUUGUACAGUGCUUUACACCUGCUAAAAAUUAACUUGUUUAAUGCAAAACAAGACCUUUAAAGGUCAGUCAUAUUAAAGCUGGUUUGAUCAUUAAUAGUUAUCUUUUAGGAAGAAGCUUUUUCCCUAUGUAAGAUGUCAUACUGCAGAUUUAAAAUAUAGACUAUCAAUAAAAUGCAUGAAGUGAUCA